GUGAAUGCCUUUAAUUCCAGCACUAGGAAAGCGGAGAGGCAGGUGGAUCUAUGUGAUUUCGAAGCCAGUAUGGUGUACAUUGUGAAAAUUAUUUUGAAACAGGUCUUGCUAAAUUGCCCAGGUUGGCCUGAAACGCGCAAUCCUCCGGAGGGACUGCUGUUCAGAGGCUGAAUUUGGAUCCAAGCCGGACGGGCACAUGGAGCUGGUGGUGACUGCUGACAUCACCAGUGUCAAGGCCUCUUUUAACUCAUCCUCAUUCAGAGGUAGGAAAGGGAUUCGUCAGCCGUCCCUCCACAGGAAGACAAUUACAGGAAAUCCACGGGAACAUUCUAUAACGGAGAGCACAGUGCUCGGCGGCGCCGCUUGCAUCCUUCCUCCAGCUCCGCCGAAACUGAAACCCCGAGUCGCCAGCCCUUUAAAGGGGAAGGAGCUCCACGAGCCCCGCCCCGGCACGGCGGCUGGGCGGAGCCAGGGUUGAAGGCGCGUGCGCGGCGAGCUCGCAGUUCCGGGUCUCGAAGCUGUGGACGGCUGCCGGAGCUGCCUCCCUCUCCCAGCUCGGGGUCGCCGGGGCUGUUCUGUACGUGGCCGGGAGGAUCUGCUGCUGGACCUAGUGGGGAGUGGCGGCCAGGGUUCGAACUCGUGCUCAGCAUCGGAGAGGCCUCGCGGAACUGAGAUGACCCAGUCUUUGGUUUGUCCAGAGACGGUGACUAGGGUGAGUUCCGUGCUUAACCGAAACAGCCGACAAUUUGGAAAGAAGCAUCUUUUUGACCAGGAUGAGGAGACCUGCUGGAACUCGGACCAGGGCCCCUCCCAGUGGGUGACACUCGAAUUUCCCCAGUGUGUCCAGAUCUCCCAGCUGCAGGUGCAGUUCCAGGGUGGCUUCUCCAGUCGACACGGCUUUCUCGAAGGUUCACUGGGUGGGGAAGCUCUCAGCAAGAUUGUAGACUUCUACCCCAAGGACAGCAACGCCCUUCAGACCUUCUCCCUGCCUGAUGUGAAGGUGGACCAACUGAAGGUGACAUUUGAAGAUACAACUGACUUUUUUGGCCGAGUGGUCAUCUACCACCUUCGAGUGCUGGGUGAGAAGGCAUGAGAGCUCUCUGUGGCCACUUCCUCCAGGGAGCCCUUCAAGUUCUGCACAGGUUUAUUGGUUCCUGCUGGGGAGGUUUCCCUCCCAUCACCUGCCCUGGAGCUGCAUUUGAAGCCAAUUCUGAGUCGGCCGGUUUGUUCCCUGAGUGCCUGAGUCCCCAGUAGUCUUCACUCGGGGUCUGCAGGCCCCAGGGUGCUCUGGAAGAGUUUCAGGAUGUGGGUUUCCAUCACUUGUUGCACUGUGGGAGGUGUGGAGAGGAACAGGCUGUGAGCAGGAGAGGAGGCCGGGAAGGCUGCUCAGCCUCAGCCAAGUAAAGCCUGAGUAGGAGUGGAGGCUGGGGAUGCCACUGGCCCCAGAGAGGCUUCACAGACAAAUGAAUGCCUCCAUGCUCUCACUGGGUUCCCAUGAGAACAGGUUUUAAAGCAAAGCCGGCUGGCCUCUCUUUGCUUCUUCCAUUCCCCACAGCUUGCCCUUGUUUUCCACAAGUAAAGCAAUAACCAGACCCCAGGCACACUGGCCACCUGAUCUUAACUCUCCCAGCCUCCAGAAAUCAUGAACCCAAAUAAAUCUUAUUUCUUUAUAAA